UUAUCGGACGGAACCAUUGCCGCAGUUCAGGUUUUUGCACCUGUCACAUGACGCUUUACAUUCGCAAAUCACCGGCUAUCAAAGCAGCAGCUCAGUCUACUUUACUACAGCGCGGACGUAUAUCGGACGCUGCCGUCCAGCAAAGGCUGCCACAGUGCAGCUCUCAGUGAGAUGAGCUGCCAAACUGCACCGACACCCCUAUUGUGCAACUGGCAGCAUCACCCUCUGCCUGCAAUGGCGUUGUAGCGGCUCUAGUAUGUCCCAGCGUUUUAAUAGUGGCGAUUCCGUCCGGGGCUGUUUACAAGCGAUAGAUAGACAUGUUUUUUUUUUCGGGAGGUUUUACAACAAUAGCAUCACCAUUUUUCCCCAGUUCACCCUCUGGAUUACAGUUUAUUUGUACAACGCGUUCAACGAAGCUGGAGCCCUGGAUGUGAAACUGGGCCUGAAGGAUUUGGACCAAGUCAACUAGGCUCAAUCAUCCCACGUUCUAAUGAGGUCACGGUAAUGCUGACAUCCCCUCUAAAUCCAAAGACAUCAUCAUGCUAAAGACGGAGGCCUCUGGGGAGAGGACCAGCCUCCGGAGUGCCUCCCCCCACCGUAAUGCCUAUCGGGCUGAGUUUCAGGCACUCAAGAGAGCCUUUGACCAGCCUCGGAUUGAUGGAGACUCAAAGCCCAAAGAUCUUGAGCGGGUAAAACAGCCAAGAGGCCGCCAGUAUGGGGCCCAUGUCAGUCGAAUUAAGGACAUGUUCAUGCAAAUGGGCUCAGAAAAUACACCGGCUAGGACCAGAGGUCGCGAUGAGUCCUCGCCACAGAAGCUGGUGAAGCCCACCAACUUCAUCAAUAAGGCUGAUGGAUCAGUGAUAAAGCUCCAGCAUUCCUCAUCAGCUGACAGGAUUGGAGGUGCAGGGGCAAAGUUCUCAGAAACCAGGAAGCUGUUUGAGCAGCAGUCACGGGACCAGUCCCAAUCACCAGUCUUUCCCUACUUACGUGAUAAACGGGGCUCACAUGAGCAUCUUGAUGACUGGCGAGGGGCGAAGUCCAACAGGGGCAGCACAGACUCCUUGGACUCCCUGUGUUCCAGAACAGAGGCGUCCUCACCAACUGUCAGCCAGCUCAGUGCUGUUUUUGAAAAUGCCGAUCACCACAAUCAGAGUGUUCCUUACAGAGGAGUCAGCCGACGAACCCUAUACUCACCUGAUGGAUCCCUCCGCCAUGGAGGUGAUCUCAGUGAGGAUGAUUCAAGACAAUCUCCAAUUCAUGGAACCUACCGGAACAGGAUAGGUGGCAAGUAUCCUGCAUCCUCAUCCUCUGAGGAUCUCCUGAGUCCUAGUCCUGGGGCAGAGACUUCAGAACCCAAAAUAGAGGCUCCAAAAGAUAAAGAGGCCCAGGACAAAACUGAUGUCACUCCAAAGGGAGAGAGACAGCGUUUGCCUGGGGUCACCACCAAUGAAAGCCAAGUUAAUGGCUCUUGCGAGGAAGAAGAAAAACCCUCAGACUCUAUAAUGCAUACUGAUGAUCAAGAGGUCUCCAAAGCCUCAAAACCUACACACGGUGCUGAGAUUACUAACAAAGUUUUGAAAGAAACUCCUCCUGAACUCAUCACAACUUCCCUGACCCAGGAAAGCAAAGAGGACAGAGAUGCUUCAAAGGAAGACAAACCCUCUGAAUCUCCCGAUGUCCAGAGGGAAGCACCUGAGGAUGAAUACACUGGCAAUGAGCGGGUUAUUUUCAACGCAGAUGGGGAUGCCUGUUACCAGGGUUGGGGGGAAAGCUGCACAGAUCCUGAGGAUGACCUCUACGGUGAUGACGAGGAUAUCAUCUAUGACCCAGGCUCUGAGCUGACAGAGAUCCCUGGUCUGCCAGAUGAAAACAAAGAGGACAUCCCCCCUAAGAGGACGAUUCGUUUCAGCACUGCUCCCAUUACAGUGUUCAACACCUACUCCAACGAGGACUAUGACCGCCGUAAUGAGGAGGUGGAUCCUGUGGCUUCAUCUGCUGAGUAUGAGUUGGAGAAGAGGGUGGAAAAACUGGAGCUGUUCCCUGUGGAACUGGAGAAAGACGAAGAUGGCCUGGGGAUCAGUAUCAUCGGGAUGGGUGUUGGUGCUGACGCAGGCUUGGAAAAACUAGGCAUCUUUGUCAAGACUGUCAUUGAGGGUGGAGCUGCUGAGCGAGACGGCAGGAUUAAGGUGAAUGACCAGAUCGUGGAGGUGGAUGGGACCAGCCUGGUGGGUGUCACCCAAAGCUUUGCUGCCUCUGUCCUUAGAAACACGUCAGGAGUGGUUCGGUUCGUGAUUGGCCGAGAACGCCCUGGCCAGCAGAGUGAGGUAGCCACGCUCAUCCAGCAGACCCUGGAGCAGGAGAGGAGACAGAGAGAACUGCUGGAGCAGCAGUACGCCCACUAUGAUGCUGAUGAUGACGAGCAGACUGGAGAGUACGCCACAGAUGAUGAGGAUACAGGAACAACCACGGCCGGGGACGAAAAGAACAUUGAAGUGUUUGAUUUACCAGAGACUGACGACAUCUUGUCUCCAUCAGAGUUAGAUGCCACUAAACUCUACCAGAAGUUCCGAGAGCUCCAGAUCAAACACACGGUGACCGAGGCCGAGAUCCAGAAGCUUAAAAACAAGUUGGCAUCAGUAGAGAGAGAAAAGCAACGCUGGGAGAAGGAGAAAAGCCAGCUGAAGGCCAGCAUUGAGGAAAACAAGGAGAGGAUGUUAAAGCUGGAGAGUUAUUGGAUCGAGGCUCAGACCCUUUGCCAUACUGUCAACGAACACCUAAAGGAGGCCCAGGCCCAGUACCAGGCUCUAGAGAAGAAAUACAACAAAGCCAAGAAACUCAUCAAAGAUUUCCAGCAGAAAGAAGUGGAGUUCAUCCAGAAGGAGGAUGCAGAGAGGAGGCGGCUGGAAGAGGCUGAGAAAGCUCACCUGGCAGAGAUCCAAGGACUGCAAGUUCGGAUUGCAACAUUAGAGUCUGAGUUAAUGCAGCUGAUGAAGCAGAACGGUAUCCAGGUCAACAACAACAACAACAGUAAUAGUUCUGAGAGGCUCAGCGCUCAGCAGCACAGCCCCAGCAGAGCUGCAAACCAAGCCAGAGACCUGAAGGAGGGCUCUCCCCACUCACCCAGCAAAAAGAAGGACUCCAAAGGAGUUGCCCAAGACAGCAUCAGUUUCACAGAGCGAGAGGUCUCAGAAGCUCAAGCAAGCCCAGCCCACAGUCGCUCUGGCUCAGUUCGUAGUGAUGGAGGAGCCGCAGGCCUGAGGGCCCCUGGCAGUGCAGAGGGCUCUCCCAGAAAAACACUUCAUGGCUCCCCUACAAUGUCAAGCCACUCUCACAGUUUGGAGGAUCAAAGACAUGUACUGGACCCUGGGUCGUCCCUCAGGAAAAUUAAAGCAAGGGUCAAAGAUCCCAGGGCCUCAACUGGAAACAGCUCCACAGAGCCAUCAGCAGAUUACAGUCCAGAGAAGCCCAAGACCAAGGCACCAACUUUGAUUGAUGAUCUGAGCGCCAGCAGCAGCAGCUCAGUGGAAAUCAGUGGUCUGCUCGGUGAAGCCAAGAUGUCAGGACGCUCACACACCCCGCUGCUCUCCUCAAACGAGAGUCUGGAUAUGAUAGAUGAUGAGAUCUUAGAUGAGGGUCAGUUAAAGCAGCAUCAAUGGCAGAACUGCAGCAUCACAGAGUGGACUUCACAGCAAGUAGCACGCUGGCUCAUGGGACUUAACUUAGAACACCAUAUCCCAGAAUUCACUGCCAAAAACAUAGAUGGAGAGCAACUGCUGCAACUUGAUAGUACUGAGCUGAAGGCUCUCGGAGUCACUUCUUCCCAGGACCGUAACCUGAUCAAGAAAAAGAUCAAAGAUCUCAAAGUUUUGAUGGAAAAGGCUCAACGGAACCAAGAGAAACUGGAGAAACAGCGCGAGAAGCUACGGAAGAGAGAGCUGGAGCAGCAGCAAAAAGAUGCUCACAGAGAAAAUGUGACAGAGUGAAAGAAGCCUUCAGAUUACCUCCCGUUUCACUGUAGCACCACAGCAAGUAGCAUCUCGCGGAAAUGACCGCCAGCAGGCCCACAAUCAAGCCCUGAGGGACGCCUACUCUGUAGUUCUCAGUGGUGGAGGUCCACACCCACCUGUCACAGGAUGUUGAGUGACCUGUACACCUUACAAAUUAAACCAAAAUGAGGAGUUGGAUGAUAGAAUGCUGCCCUUCAUUAUCCUCAUUGUACACCCAUCCUGAGUUUCUAGUAUUUUAAGAAUCCACUAAGUUCUAUUUAUUUCGCUGUUUAUAGCUGUAAAUUGGGUUUAUUUAUUCUUAUCCAGAGUAAGUCUGUGAACCCUCACCCAUAUCAUCCUCAGAGACAUGUCUUUUACCCAUCACAGCCACUCUGGACAUGAAAACCAAGUACAUGUACAGUAAUAAAUGCAGAUAUAAAUACGUCUGAUGUGCCAUUUUGAUAGACUUGUGUAAAUCCUAUUCAAAUACACUGAUCAGAAUAUAUUGCUUUGAAGCACAUACAGGUCAGGUCUGUGUGGCAGAAUUUAUUAGGCAGUUCCUAUCUGCCAACACUGGGUGUGCUGCCUACUUUCAGCCCUACAGGAAACAACACUGGAACUCUCCAACAGGAACUGAACUGGGAAUCAAGCUUCACUGGAAGAAUUUAGAUUUAUCUGUACAAAAAACACUGGAAGUGCAAAUACUGUUUAUGUGACCUGUGCACUGGCCUGUAGGGCUCUUUACAAAAAAUACUAAAGCAGCUCUCAAAGUAUCAAUAACAAGGACAUACUGUAUGCACUGGACUGGUUCUAAUAGUGAUUUUCAGGUACUGUGUAAUCAAUAAUUUGAAACUUAACUAACCUGUAAAAACAAGUAAACAAACAAAAACAACCUUGAUGAAAUUAAACUUCCUGCUCAUAUGCAUAUUGUUGCCGCUUGUAACCUGCUUUUGACUUCUUUUUAUAUUCAGUAACAACGUAAGACGCUGCUGCUGCCUUUAGAAACUCCUGUAGUAGAAAACCUCUGAACCUAGCCGCUUCUGUGUGAGUGUCGAAACACAUGCUAAGCUAAUCGGCCCAUUUCUGUCACUUUUGUUCCUUUUAAAAUUUUGCACUCAGAGUUCUCCAUGUAGAUUUCUCUAGAAAGUUCUCCAUAAGAUUUAAGAUCGCUGCCAUGUUGAUGGCUUCUAUGGUCAGAUGCAGCAGAUGUGGUAUUUUAAAGAUUAUUAUACCUGACACUCAUAUGAUACACUGGAAAUUGCUCCCCAAGGAUGCAGCAUAUUUUAACUUUCUUAUAAAAUUGCUUUAAUUUAAACUUAAAACAUUGUGAUCACAUUGUUAGAUGUCUUGAAAUGAUUUCACAUUUUAUUUAUUGGUUUAGGAUAAUGAAGCUCUUUGAGUUUUGUGUUCCUUAUGAUCUUUAUUUAUUAUUCCCAAGAAUCAUUACAUGUAGAGACACCAGACUCUUUGCGAUAGAAAAGCAGGGAGUUUGAUAACAGUUCUCUCUUGUCUUAAGAAGCCUUCCUGAUGUGCUGCUAACAGGUUAAUAACAAGAAUAGUUGGGAUUUCAGAUACUUCAUUCACUGAUCAGAGUUAUUUAUUACUAUAUUUUUAGAAGCAACUGACUAUUGUUUAUCAUAAAUUGAGAGUUUAUUAACACCUAAUAAGUUAUCCAGAAUUGUAUGAUUACUUUCUUUUGCCAAAAUACUAUUAAAACCUCUAAUAAAAAAAUAAAUAAAGGUAAAUUCAAGUGGCUGUUAUCAUAUGAAUGAUGUAAAUGUUAUCAGUGGUAUUCUCCUGUUGUGCUUCUGGUUUUCCUCUAACACAACUACAGUAUAAUGCUGCUCCAGUGCUCCUCUGAGAAACUACUCAUAUUAUAUUCUUAUGGAAUAUUUUGUAACACUUGAACCCUUCUGUGAAUAACCCAACACCCUUUACAAGCCGGUUGUCAGACUGCGCUCUUUAGACUCUUUUUGUAUGUAUAGUUCAACACUGAGAGCAAUAUGCUGUACGAAUCCUAAAAAGCCUUGUUUUUUAUCGUGCUGGUGUGUCUGCGCAGUUUGUCAGAGGGCUGAAAACCUGAGCGGCAACAUGUGAUUCUGCAGUAGAUCUUUUCUGUGUGUUUGCCUGGAUGAGACCCCGCUGCUCCUGGUUGGCAAAAAUGCAUAUGUUUCAAGUUAUGUCUGGAAGCAUUUAUUUUUCAUGUACAUAGAGAGCAUAAGAUAAUUGUCACACUGCUAGUCAUGGUUUCACCCUUAAAAGGUUGUGCAUACUCUCCUUUUCUUUUAUUUUCUUUUUUUUUUUUGUUUUGUCAUUGCCUUGCUCUCUUUUUUUCGCAUUCUGAAAAGUUGGAAAGGGCAGCUACCUGUCACACUGAAUAAAAUGUGCGGUCAUUGUC